GAUAUGAGAAAGAGGUGUUAUGUUGUUCAACUUGAAAUCAUCAAAUCCCAAUGAGCAGAGAGAUUGAGCGCAAAAUUCUACGUCUCCUUCACGGUGGCAACACACGAACUCAACUCACCCAAAUCCAUGCCCACUUCCUCCGACAUGGCCUUCACCAAUCCAACCAAAUCCUCGCUCACUUUGUUUCCGUUUGUGGCGCUCUGCACAGAAUGCCAUACGCCACUCGCAUCUUCACCCAAACCCAAAACCCCAACAUUCUCCUCUUCAAUUCCAUGAUCAAAGGCUAUUCUUUAUGCUCACCCUUCGACCAAUCCUUUCACCUCUUCUCCCUCAUGAAGAACCGCGGCAUUUUCCCCGAUGAGUACACUUUCGCCCCUUUGCUCAAGUCCAUUUCCAAUCUCUCUCACUACAAACUCGGCCAGUGUGUUCAUGCCCAUAUUAUUAGACUUGGGUUCGCACGCCACGGUUCCGUUCGUGUUGGGAUUGUGGAGUUGUAUGUGUGUUGCGAGAGAAUGGAGGAUGCUAACAAGGCGUUCGACGAAAUGCGUGAGAGAGAUGUGAUUGUUUGGAACUUGAUGAUUCGUGGGUUUUGCAAGUUGGGUAAUUUGGACAAGGGUUUGAAGCUUUUCAGACAGAUGAAGGAACGGAGCGUGGUUUCUUGGAAUCUCAUGAUUUCUUGCCUAGCGCAGAGUAAGAAGGAUGAGAAAGCUCUUGAUAUUUUUCGUGAAAUGUUGGAGCAGGGUUUUGAACCAGAUGAGGCCUCAUUGGUCACGGUGCUGCCUGUCUGUGCUCGCCUGGGAGCUUUGGAUGUUGGGGAGUGGAUCCACUCUUACGCAAAUGCCGAGGGGUUCCUGAGAGACGCCAUUGCCGUGGGAAAUUCGCUUGUGGAUUUCUAUUGUAAAUGUGGUAAUCUGCAAGUUGCUUGGAGCAUUUUCAAUGAGAUGCCUCGAAAAAAUGUUGUUUCUUGGAACGCAAUGAUAUCGGGUUUGGCGUAUAAUGGAAAGGGUGAAGUUGGGGUUGACUUGUUUGAGGAGAUGGUACGAGAAGGCAUGACCCCUUCUGACUCCACUUUUGUAGGAGUUUUGGCAUGUUGUGCUCAUGCAGGUUUGGUGGAUAGAGGGCGUGAACUGUUUGCUUCUAUGACUGUAAAGUUUCAGCUUUGUCCAAAACUGGAGCAUUAUGGCUGUGUUGUUGACCUACUUGGGCGUUGUGGGCAUGUGAGGGAAGCUCAUGACUUGAUUAGAAGCAUGCCCAUGAAGCCAACUGCUGCCUUAUGGGGUGCACUGCUUAGUGCUUGUCGUACUUAUGGUGACAGGGAAAUUGCAGAAACUGCAACAAAAGAGCUCAUUAAUCUUGAACCAGGAAAUUCUGGAAAUUAUGUGUUGUUGUCAAACAUUUAUGCAGAAGAAGGGAAAUGGGAUGAAGUUGAAAAAGUUAGAGUAUUGAUGCGAGGAGGCGGCAUCAAGAAAGUUCCAGGGCAGAGUGCAACAGGAUAGUCGCAAGGAAUAGCUUCGUCUUUUGGUCGACCCAAAAUGUGACAUAAACAAAGUAUUGCGUCCUGAAGAUUGGAGGAUGCCACCAAUCUAAUUUAUAGUAUAUUACAAAAGAAAUACCAAUCAAACCAAUUCCGGACAUUUCUAACAUUUCAUGGCUUUCAACUAGAAAGGAACCAAUGGUCUGGAUAAGUCGAACUCAAAAUUGGAUGUAGGGAUUGGUUCAAGAGCGCACAGAAAAG